AGAGCACGGUAGAUGGAUAGAGGCAUAAUUAGAAUAAGUAUUAGCAAGUGGCUUAGUCAAGAUGAAACAUAUUAACGCAAUCGUCAUAUUGUUGGCCUGCGUCGUCUUUAGCCAGUCCCUGAGCCUUGAUCAGGAGGACAUUCAAAAUAUCAAAUCGGAUACGAAAAAUAUUUCUUCGGAGAAAAGUGGAUCAUUUUGGGGAAGUGAGGCUGCUGUGACAAAUUCCAGUGACUGGGGGUUGGGAAACCUCCCCGUGGAACCGUGUGACACGAAAGAUGCUACGAACCAGGUAGAUUUUGCAGAACUCAUGUAUUUGAAUAUGCUUCCACCCUGCGAAGAAACUAAAACUGGACACUGUGGAAUCAGAAAGUAUCAAAAUUUUACCCUCGUUUCAAAAUUUGCCACAAAAAAUUACAACCAACAAUUUCGGGUUCGGGUUCACUUGGUGGAUAAACAUUUUGGAUUCGAAACAGCCCUGUGGCCCGAAUUUGGAGCUUGUCGACAAUUUUUCAACAUUACUUGUCCUCAAGAAAAGGGAAUUGUACAUUCUCAUAUAAUCAGUGAAAUUCCUAAAGAAAUCCCUCCCUUGUCAACCAUUAUUAGAGUUCGACUUGUUAGUGUGAAUGAAAAGGACGAAAGGAACAUUGCGAUCUGCAGACAAAUCAAACUUCACAUUAUUUGAUGAAAAGCCGUAUAGAUUUAAGGUUUUUAUAUGGUUUUUACAUGGCAGGCUGAAAAAUAAAAAUUGCACACAGACUAAA